UAAUGUUUUGUAUGCAUUGAAGUUUUUUGGUUGCCACUUUUUUUUAUGGGUCAUUCCAUGUCAACUCAACCAAAAAAUACGAUUGGUUCAAGCUCCCUCAGUGGGUGGUUGGGUGGGGGGGGGGCUUCAAUUAUUUUCACAUAUGUCUCGAGGUACUCAACUUGAGCAGCGCAUUACUCCAAGGUAUGAUACUUUGAUCAAAACUGAUUCCGCUGUUCAAAAGGGCAUUGCAUUUUGAAGUUUUCAAGUAUUUUGAAAUUUUCAAGAUGAGAUCUUUCAAUGUAGGGGGAGCACCCCCUUCCACUUUGGGGCAAUGUUUAAAAAAAUAUCUGGGGCAUGUGAUAUAUUGAAUUGUAUGUUUUUGAUGACGCUGAACACAAAUAUUUUUUCAUUACAACAAAGAAAGUACAAUCUUACGUGAUUAAUAAUAAAUUAGUGCUAGUUUUUAGGAGAAAAUUUUACGAGAGGGGGUCACAGCCCAUUGACAGGAUCCUUAAUACAAGUAGUAGUUAUAACUCUAAUCCAAAUGCUUGCUUCUCCAAAGCCUUCGAGGGCCAUGCCAUGAGAGUACAGCAGCUGGAUUGCUUUGGUGUCUAUGUGCCUGUGCAGGCGCUUCUCAUGGGCAUCUGCAUACAUUCACGAUCAUUCUCAGUAUGACAUUUUGCCUUCUCUGUAUCACCUGUAGAUUAGACCUUUUUGCACAGCCCCAUAGCACCAGGCCAUAUGUCCAGAUAGGUCAGAUAAUCAGCUUGUAGACCAAGAUUUUGCAGCUCAGGUCGGAAGUAUUUAGCUGAGUCAGCCUGUGGUAUCGGCUCACCUGCAAGAUAAACCCUCAUCGAGCUGUUGGUAUGAAGAAGAGUGAAGAGCACGUGCCUCGACUUUUGAUGAUUCAGGGCAAUCCUCCACUUUCUUGUCCAAUUAUAAAUUUGAACACAAAUAUGACGUCAGAUUUUUGAUUGGGCUCCAUCCACGGCCCCCAGCACCUCUCUAAAUGGGGUAAAAGUUUGUUUGUGCGGCACAUGUACCUAAUAGUACAUAUAAUGUUGGUGACGCUGAACACGAAUAUGAUGUCAGAUUUUCGAUUGGACCCGCCCCCAACAAUUUUUUGGACUUUUUUUACCCUUUGGUGCAGGUUCUGGGAGCAAUGAGCAAUGGGUGAGGUCAAUUUGAAAAACUGGGGAUAUAUUCGUGUUCAGCGUCACCAAAAACAUACUAUUCCAUGUGUCGCAAGAAACAAAACUCUUUUUCAACUUUCACCCCAUUUGGGGAGGUGCUGGGGGCCGCGGAUGGGGUCCAAUCCGAAAUUUGACGCCAUAUUUGUGUUUAGCGUUACCAAAAAUAUACAAUUCAAUAUAUCACAUGCUCCAGAUUUUUUUUGAAAGUUUCACUCAAAUUUGGUGGAGGGGGUGCUCCCCUUCCAUUAAAAGAUCCAAUCUCGAAAAGUGAAUAUUUCGAAAAAACAUCAGAAGGUACAUCUAUAGAAAUUUUUUCAGAAUUUUAACUGGUAGCUCCCACUUACAGCGCCGUUUUGAAAUUUGAACUUUCAAUUUGGAAGUUCAACUUUUGAAAAUUUCAAAAUGCUCAAAAAGUUCCGAAUACAAUGGCCUUUCGAACUGUGAAAUCAGUUUUGAUCAAAGUAUCAUAUCUUUGGAGAAAUGUGCUGCUGAAGUUGAGUACUUCGAGACAAUGUGCAAAUAAUUGAAGCCACCGACCCCCCCCCCCCCCCCUCAACUACCUUCCUCUGGAACUGGGACCAAACUGGUUGCGGGUUUCUUAAUGAUUGAGUGGGUAGAUAUUGUAAAAAAAAAUUGAGCGAAAUCGAAGGACAUGACUCGAAAACGUUGGUUGAGUUGAGAAUGGAAAAUGGCCCUUAACAUUGAAAUUUUUUUUGGUUACUUUUUCUGGCUUUUUUGGUUACUGAAGUUACCUUUUUCGAGAAAAAUUUGAGUACAGUCCCUGGAUUCGGAGUAGAACUAAAAGUUGUCUCUCAAAAUAUUGGGCGAGACAAAUAACAAUUUUUAAGAGGGUAUGAUCAAAGCUCUUUGCAAGACAUUUUUAUCAACUCAAUUCUAAAGAAAUUUGUUUUUGAACGCCACUAUAAACAACUAAAAAAAAAAUCCUAAACUUUGAAAAAAAAAACUAAAUGAGCCUAGAAGCUGGCGGAAGUAGGUACGUAUACCUAGUUAGACCCUUUUUACACAUUCGUUUCUAUACACACAGAACAUGCACUCACUCAAGUUCUAUUUUCUAAUUGUUUCCUUUAAAAAAAAGCACCAAAAAAAUAUAUCAACUUUAGGGGCUAAGGGCCUCGAAUUAAUGUACGAAUCCACCAAACCUAAAUAUCAAAUUAGGUUCGAAAAUAAAUUCGUAAAAAAUCACCAGAGUAAUGUUUGUUUCCGAUUCCGAAUUUAGUGUAGUGUCUCCCUAAUUGUACUAGUAGUACAUAUCUAGUGUACCUACAUCUGCCCUCUAGAGCAUAACCAUAAUAACGCAUUUCGCUCUUAACGACAUUUUAUAGAGGGGAGGCAAUAAGCCAACGGUUACUCGUAUUGUUUACCGCGCAGUUACUGCUUACAGGCAACCGGUGGCAAAUUAAUUACGUGCACUGGCAUUUGGAAAUAGUACACCUUUUACCUCCAAAGAAUAAAAGUACCAUGAUGAAAAGAUGAUGGAAGGAGUGCGGCUUUGACUCGAUACCCCUAGUUUUAUUUUCUUUUAGACUUUAGUUACUUUUAUACUUAUAGAGAAUCAAAAACGUACCUACAUUAACAUUGAAAACGUCUACUGAAUUGUUUUCCUAUAGUUUCGUAUGAUUUUAGAAACUUUUCUACAGUUUUAGUGCGUGAAUCGGUGAUUUUUUUAUAUGAAAAGUAUUUGUGAUGAAAAUCGUUCGUGCCGGUAAAAUUGAUUAGUGCUAUUUUAUUCAUGUCCGAGUGAUUCCAGUUUGAUUUUCUUAUCCAUUGUGAUCACUCGACGAAGAAAAAAAUGGACAGACGCUCCAAUUGCUACCUGAAUUCAGCCUACAACAACGACUACGACGAUUACAUGGAAACAGCAUCACAGCUAAGCUUUGACAGCAAAGGUCUGUCUUACGAAUCGGAAAAUGAAACCUACGUAGACGAUUUCUUAGACGACUACACCAUAUGCUACACCGAAGACACUCGCAUACCUACCGUCGAAAUACGGGCCACUCGAUCGAGCAUAAAUUCUUCGCAAAAACCACGAUACGAGCCCAUAAACGGAGAUUCAUUCAACGAAAGCAUAUCAUCAAAACACGAUGCAUCCAAACUGACGUCUACGCCGAAAAAACAACAAAUUAGACCUCAAUUAAUACGCAGCCCAUCGGGACGAAAAUUACCCCACAGGAGGAAUACCCUGGUUCGGAGUCAAUCCAUCUGCAUGCCAGGAAGAAACAUAGAAAGUACUUUUGUUGAAAAUAACCACCAUCUUUCGGCAAACAUACGAAGAAGUAAAUCAUCUUUCAGUUUGAGCAAACAAAGAUACGAAGAUCCAAGACCGCGAGAUCAACGACCAGUAGUGAAAUUAACAGCUGGACAGAGUCAUCCUAGGGGUGUCUCGAGGAGUAAAAGUUUUCAUAACUUUACCGAACCUUCGAUAGUACAACGCAGCGUUCGAUCCGUUUCUCCAUUCCAAAUACGUGAAAGUAACACCGACCUUUACGAUUCCAGAAGAAGCAAUCAGUCAUUUCUACGAAGACCCUACGAUUUGAAUUCUUCGUUUUCAUCUACCAGACCACUCAUGUCGCAAAGAAAUUUGGCAGUGAUUUCACCAAUUCACAAAAAAACCUCGUCACAUUCGGUCGAAUUGGAUUCGACUCUAAGAAAUGCAUUUACCAUAGCUGCAGAUCGAUCUACAUCAUCUUCUUGUAAAAGUUCGUGGGUAGAAGUAAAAAAACAAACCAUACCAUUAUGCACUUUACGUUCCUCAGCCAUCACGUUGUUAAUUAGUGGCAUACUCAGCUGUCUAUUUUGCCUUCAUAUCAUUUCAAUGAAGGGUAAAAGCUACGAGCUUGGUUUUAGUCUUUUUUCCGGAUUCGUGGCAUUUUUAUUAGGAUUCCCUUGUUUACGCUUUCAAGAAUGGCAAUGGCUGCCUAAUCGAAAUUAUGUUUCCGGAUAUGUGGUUUUGAGCCUGUUCAGUGUAAUGCAAACGUGUGCCUUGUGGAUAAUGGACCAGUUACCUGAUUUAGAGCCGGAAUAUUUAGAUUUGAUACGAGGUGUAUUAUACGCUCUGUCUGGUUUAUCAGUAGGUAUUGCUUUAUUGGGAGUGUCUAGUUCGUGCUGCUGUAAAUAUCCACCUCCUGAUAAUAGAGUAACCCAUGGGGUGCAAGGAUUUACAGUUUGAUUUCUAUACCUAUUUUGUGGUUUUAUGUACUACUUGAAAGUUGAACUUUUUUUCUACAUUUUUUGUUACCAUUAGGCAGGUUCAUGUGAAGUUGCAGUUUGAAUAAAAUAUUUGGAAAUUUUGUCAAUUUUCUGAAGGUGAAUUUUUUUUCCAUCUUCCAAAAUACAGCAGAAGUGUUUACCCUGACAUGGUGAUGAAUUUCGAGCCUUCCUUCCCUCAACAGACAUGAAAUUCGGUCGCUUAAAAAGUGACUUAGUCACUAUUUCACUUGCAAGGCACUUUUGUCACUAUUUCGGCGAAAAUGGCCAAAAAGAUUUGUCGUGUAAAAAAGAAAAAGUGAAAAAUUUUAGGAAAUGAUCAAUAUUUUUCAUGAAAAU